GUCGCUUGGGUUCCUCUGGACUCGUCUGCGCCACUCGCCCGCCACACUCCACCGGCAUAAGCCGCCAUCAUGGUGAAGCUCGCAAAGGCUGGUAAAAAUCAAAGUGACCCCAAGAAAAUGGCUCCGCCCCCCAAGGAGGUAGAAGAAGACAGUGAAGGUGAAGAAACGUCAGAAGAUGAAGAUGAUGAUAGCAGUGGAGAAGAGGUUAUCAUUCCUCAGAAAAAAGGCAAGAAGGCUGCAGCAACUCCAGCAAAGAAGGUGAUGGUUUCCCCAACAAAAAAGGUGGCAGUUGCCACACCAGCCAAGAAAGCAGUCGUCACCCCUGGCAAAAAGUUGUUUCAAAGUCUUCAUUUGUUUUUGUUUUUUUUUUCCUUUGUAGGUGAAUCAAAAACUCUGGUUUUAAGCAACCUCUCCUACAAUGCAACAGAAGAAACUCUUCAAGAAGUAUUUGAGAAGGCAACUUUUAUUAAAGUGCCCCAGAACCAAAAUGGCAAAUCUAAAGGAUAUGCGUUUAUAGAAUUUGCUUCAUUUGAAGAUGCUAAAGAAGCUUUAAAUUCCUGUAAUAAAAGGGAAAUUGAAGGCAGAGCAAUCAGGCUGGAGUUGCAGGGACCCAGGGGAUCACCUAACGCAAGAAGCCAGCCGUCCAAGACUUUGUUUGUCAAAGGUCUGUCUGAGGAUACCACAGAAGAGACAUUAAAGGAGUCGUUUGAUGGCUCUGUUCGGGCAAGGAUAGUCACUGACCGGGAGACUGGGUCCUCCAAAGGGUUCGGUUUUGUAGACUUCAACAGUGAGGAAGAUGCCAAAGCCGCCAAGGAGGCCAUGGAGGAUGGUGAAAUUGACGGAAACAAAGUUACUUUGGACUGGGCCAAGCCGAAGGGUGAAGGUGGCUUUGGAGGUCGCGGUGGAGGCAGAGGUGGCUUUGGAGGCCGAGGUGGCGGCAGAGGAGGCCGAGGGGGAUUUGGUGGCAGAGGCCGAGGAGGCUUUGGAGGGCGAGGAGGCUUCCGAGGCGGCAGAGGAGGAGGGGGAGACCACAAGCCACAAGGAAAGAAGACGAAGUUUGAAUAGUUUCUUCCAUCCCUCUGUCUUUUCCCUCUUCUGUUUGAAAGAAAAGGACUCUGGGGUUUUUACUCUGUUACCUGAUCAAUGACAGAGCCUUCUGAGGACAUUCCAAGACAGUAUACAGUCCUGUGGUCUACUUGGAAGUUCGUAUAGAUAACAUUUCGAAGGAGAUACCCUGUUGGUUUUGACUGGAUAUUCAUAUAAACUUUUUAAAGAGAUGAGUGAUAGAGCUAAUCCUUAUCUGUAAGUUUUGAAUUUAUAUUGUUUCUUCCCAUGUACAAAACCAUUUUUUUCC